AUGGCUUCCAACUCUAGCGUAGCUUCUCACAAUAUCACAAACCUCAAGUACCAGAGAUCGCUUCCAACCUCUUCCUGUAUCCCAUGGUCUGCUGUGCUCAGCAUUGAGUGUCUAGCCAUAGUCAUUCUCAACAUCAUCACCAUUAUUGUAUUUGUGAAGCAGCGCCAGCUACAGAGGAAAAGUACAUACUUGAUCAUCCAUCUGGCCAUAGUUGAUUUGUUGGUCGGGGCCGUAUCAGGGCCGAUGCAGAUACAUUUAUUCGUUCUUUGGUGUUAUGGGAAGAGUUGGAGUAUAACGUUUUCAAGAAUAAGUUUAGCAAUACGUCCUUUUUUCUCCUUUGCAUCGAUUGUUAAUCUAACUUUCAUUUCGUUAGAACGCGUACACGCAACAUAUCGCCCUUUUAAGCAUCGUUUAAUCAAGAAAUGGGUUUAUGGACUAGUUAUAGCUUUUAUAUAUUUAUCAACAAUAUGCAAAGGUACAAUAGAAGGAGUAACCGAUUGGCCAUUGAAGAUAAUUUGGGUUUUUAGUUCUUAUUUCAUUCUUCUGGUUCUCAUGUGGCUAUGUUAUAUUUCAAUUUAUAUCAAAGUUCGUUAUGGUCACCAACAUCAACUUCAUGGUGCAGUCGGCCUGAGGGAAAGAACAUUGACGAGUACGUUGUUUCUUGUCACCUUUGCAUCAUUAUUAACUUUUCUACCACCUACUUUUUGGCACAUUAUGAUGUUCCUUCAUAUCAUGUCCAUUCCAAACUUGUCCACCGCGACUUAUCUGCAAAUUGAUGGCACUAUGCUAACAUUAUUCUUGGCCAAUUCGCUAAUAAAUCCUAUUCUUUAUGCAGUGCGGAUGCCAGAAUUUAGGGUAGGUAUAUCAAAGUUGGUAUUUGGCAGGACGCCCCAGGACCAUCGAAAUCCGGUCGAAUAUCCACUUCGUAAUCUUUAG